UGCGCGUCCAGCUCCGUCCCUCCACCUCGCGCGCGAUCCGAGCUAUGGCCGCCCCGCCGCAGCUGCAGGCUCUGCUCCUGGCCGUCAAUACACUGCUACGCAAGCGCCGCUACCACGCUGCCCUGGCUGUACUUAAAGGCUUUCGGAACGGAGCCGUCUAUGGAGUCAAGAUCCGGGCCCCCCAUGCGCUGGUCAUGACCCUCCUCUUCAGGAGCGGCAGCUUCCGGGAGAAGCUGCGAACCAUCCUGCAGGCCACCUACACCCACUCCCGGAACCUGGCCUACUUUGUGUUCGCCUACAAGGCUCUCUGCAGCCUGCAGUCCCACGUACAGGGCAAGACCCACCAGUUGCAUCCAUUCCUGGCUGCCUUCAUCGGGGGUUACCUGAUAUUUGGAGAGAACAAUAACAUCAACAGCCAGAUCAACAUGUACCUGACCUCCCGGGCGCUGUUUGCCCUGUGCCGCCUGGGCGUGGAGAAAGGCUACAUCCCUCAGCUCAAGUGGGACCCGUUCCCGCUGCACACGGCGGUCAUCUGGGGGCUGGUGCUGUGGCUCUUUGAGUACCACCGCUCCACGCUGCAGCCGUCACUGCAGUCCUCCAUGACCUACCUCUACGACGACAGCAACGUGUGGCACGACAUCUCAGACUUCCUCAUCUUCAACAAGAGGCGCCCCUCCAAGUAGGCGCCGAUGGCGACUCCUCGCCGCGCCCCCGCAGGCUCCAGGCAGUGGCCGGCCGUGGCUCGAGGUCUGCCUCACCGACGAACCUUCCCAGAGGGUUCUCAGAAUCACCCCGCACACUCCCGCCUUUUUUAUCCCAGGGUUCCAUGUGCCCAAGGAGAAGCACUGGCGCUCAAGUCCCUGGAGGUGCUCUGGAGUGGCGGAGCAGAGGGCGGUGGACUCUCGGGGUUGGUUCCCAUUGUGCUGCUAGGUCCUGCAGGACAAGUCCCUCCUGCCUCGGGGCUCCAGGCUCCUGGAGCUCAGAGAGGAGGACCCUGAGACCUCUCUCUCUGGUGGGUGCCUUCUUUUUCCACUGUUUUCUUAUGUAAAUGAAGGGUGAUUGGCAGAUAGGGUUGCCACUGCUUGUUGAAAAAAACGUGGAUUUCCGGCCCAGCAUGGUAGAGUCCUCGCCUUGAGCACGCUGGGAUCCCAUAUGGUCGCCGGUUCUAAUCCCGG